GAUAAAUCUUUAUGAUCUGUUUAAUUUAAGAUAUUAUAAGAUUUUAUCAAUCUUUUAUGAAUUUGUGUACUUCUGGAAUACACAACUGCUUGUAUACAUACAUCAUGUCUUUAUAUGUGUGCAUAAACGAUUGCUUGUGUAUGUGCCAAUAUGUCGCACAUAACCUUUGCAAGUCUUGCAACUCCGUGAUGAAUUCGUCUGUCACAAGGAUGUAACUCCGAAGCUGUUUUAACUUAAUGCAUUUAGUAAAAAUUAACUUAGUGGUGAUAUUACUAAUAGCACUGGAUUGUAAGGCAUUUUCAGAAAAAUGCCGGCGAUACUAGUCGGACCGCCGCAACGCAAUGAGCAAAUGUGGCAGGCGCUAAAGACUCACAUUAUGAGAGAACGACAACGAAAGAAACAAGAACAAGAAGCUGAUGCCGAGGAGGAACGUUUACGCAAGGAGAGAGAACGCCAGCAGAAGCAAGAUGUGAUGACAUUAGGCGAAACACGAGAGCAAAUCUCAAAUCUAGAUAAUGAACUGUCUCAGUUGAAAGCGGAGAAACAUCAGUUGUUUCUGCAAUUAAAGAAAGUUCUAAAUGAGGAUGACAGAAGGCGACAGCUUAUAAAGGAGACCAGCGUCUGCUCAGAAGUUUCGACAACAGUAGGAGGAUAUCCCGCGACAGGUCCAAGAGUGGUACAUCCACAAUUGUUUCUGCCACGUAGCAGCAGUCCUCUCUACAAGGUUGCUGUCAACACUCCGACGCAUCUGUUACCGAGUGGAACUUUGAAAAGGACCCAUACUCCGUCGCCGCCGCCCAACGCAUCUUCGUAUCAUAGUGCAUAUGGCUACAAACCACCCCCGUCUAUUCCAAGUUAUAAUCCACCCCCUCCUAAAUCUGAAGACGCUGCUAGGAGAUCCGGUGAUGCUCGGGCAGUUCUUUGGAACAAGAAUAAUCAGUACUCCGCAUCGAAUUUUUACUCGGCGCCUGCAGGUCAGAGCGUUUACAGUUAUUCCGCACCUGUCUCACAACCAUCUCGAGAAUCCUCCGAAUCAGCUAAGCCCGUUUAUCUAUCGGGUGGUAGAGCUCCAUUAGCUACACAUCAGACUGCAUAUAUAACCAACUUGCAUUCGAUGGAGCACAAAGGCGCUUACGGCGAGGACAAGUUUUACCUGCGACCAACAAAUCAUGUUACUGUCCAUGGAGGAGCUAUCCCAAUUCAACAACCGCCUCAGGGAGCAAAAACUGGUGGGAUUACGUCAGGUUAUCCUGUACGAGCACCUCAACCACCACCACCUAGUUCAUAUCCGCCGCCACCAUCACCGUCUCCUGGUACCUACGUAAGUGGUUCAGCUGCCAAUGUUCCUGGUAGGCUAUUAUAUACACAACCUGGUGCUCGCUAUCUUCAACGAGAAAUAUAGAAUUUUUUUACGAAA